CCCGGCUCCCACGCCCCCGCCGCCCCGCGCGCCCAACUCCGCCGGCCGCCCCGCCCCGCCCCGCGCGCUCGCGGACCCCCGGGCCGGCUGCCGGCUGCCGGGAGAGAUGCUGCAAGAAACUUCUUAAAUGACCGCGUCCGGCUGGCCGUGGAGCGCUUCUGGGUUGGGGAGAGGAAAGGAAAGUGGAAAAAAACUGAGAACUUCCUGAUCUCUCUCGCUGUGAGACAUGUCUGAGACUCCUGCUCAGUGUAGCAUUAAGCAGGAACGAAUUUCAUAUACGCCUCCCGAGAGCCCGGUGCCGAGUUACGCUCCCUCGACUCCACUUCAUGUUCCAGUGCCCCGAGCGCUCAGGAUGGAGGACGACUCGAUCCGCCUGCCCGCGCACCUGCGCUUGCAGCCAGUUUACUGGAGCAGGGAUGACGUAGCCCAGUGGCUCAAGUGGGCUGAAAAUGAGUUUUCUUUAAGGCCAAUUGACAGCAACACAUUUGAAAUGAAUGGCAAAGCUCUCCUGCUGCUGACCAAAGAGGACUUUCGCUACCGAUCUCCUCAUUCAGGUGAUGUGCUCUAUGAACUCCUUCAGCAUAUUCUGAAGCAGAGAAAACCUCGGAUUCUUUUUUCACCAUUCUUCCAUCCUGGAAACUCUAUACACACGCAGCCAGAAGUCCUACUGCAUCAGAACCAUGAAGAAGAUAACUGUGUCCAGAGGACCCCAAGGCCACCAGUGGAGAAUGUGCACCACAACCCCCCCACCAUUGAACUGUUGCACCGUUCUAGAUCACCUGUCACAGCCAAUCACCGGCCUUCUCCCGACCCCGAGCAGCGGCCCCUCCGGUCCCCCCUGGACAACAUGAUCCGCCGCCUCUCCCCGGCUGAGAGGGCCCAGGGGCCAAGGCUCCACCAGGAGAACAACCACCAGGAGUCCUACCCCCUGUCAGUGUCUCCCAUGGAGAAUAACCACUGCCCACCAUCCUCUGAGCCUCACCCGAAGCCAUCGAGCCCCCGGCAGGAGAGCACCCGCGUGAUCCAGCUGAUGCCCAGUCCCAUCAUGCACCCUCUGAUCCUGAACCCCCGGCACUCCGUGGAUUUCAAACAGUCCAGGCUCUCCGAGGACGGGCUUCAUAGGGAAGGGAAGCCCAUCAACCUCUCCCAUCGGGAAGACCUGGCGUACAUGAACCACAUCAUGGUGUCUGUCUCCCCACCCGAGGAGCACGCCAUGCCCAUUGGGAGAAUAGCAGACUGUAGACUGCUUUGGGAUUACGUCUAUCAGUUGCUUUCUGACAGCCGGUACGAAAACUUCAUCCGAUGGGAGGACAAAGAAUCCAAAAUAUUCCGGAUAGUGGAUCCCAAUGGACUGGCUCGACUGUGGGGAAACCAUAAGAACAGAACAAACAUGACCUAUGAGAAAAUGUCCAGAGCCCUGCGCCACUACUACAAACUAAACAUUAUCAGGAAGGAGCCAGGACAAAGGCUUUUGUUCAGGUUUAUGAAAACCCCAGAUGAAAUCAUGAGCGGCCGAACGGACCGUCUGGAGCACCUCGAGUCCCAGGAGCUGGAUGAACAAAUAUACCAAGAAGAUGAGUGCUGAGAGAAGCAAGCCGCGGCCUCGGCGGGCCGGCAGCUGUGGGGGGGCCCCGUACCCCCCACCCCUGCCCACGAGGGCCCCGGAGGCAUGGCGAGCAGGCGGGCUGAGAGCCGGACAGAAAGAGACCCAGAAGUGGGAGUGACACUUGUCUCGCGCAGCGGGAGGGCCCCCAGAGCACCUUAGACAAACCACCCAGCGAAGGCGGGGCUGGCAUUCUGGCCGAGGGCAUCAGCCCAGGACUCCUGGUUCCGUUUCCUCCUCAUCUGGAACCUCUCCAUCUGUAAUUCCUCACCCUCCUCACCCAUCCACCUCUUGUUAGUUCCAUGGUGUUUUUCGUUUUCGUUUGUUUUUGUUGUUUUUUUUUUUUUUAAGACCAUGCAGUUUGACUUUUCAUCAUCAUUCAUAGAGGGGAAGACAUCUGAGGUUGUUUUCCUAUGGAAAUAUAUAUCUAUUAUAUAUAAUCUAUUUUUUUGCAAAUCUCACAGUGUGCGGCAAGACCAGCUGGUCAGGAAAGAGAACACUUGCAAAGGGUUUCAGGUUCCUCUUGAUCCUGCCACGUGGAUCAGGUUUGUUCCUGUUGCUGUUGGGUCUUGGCUGGAAAAAAAAAAAAAAAAGAAAAAAGAAAAAAGAAAAAAAAAAAGAUGCUUUUAAAAAAGACAAAGUGAAAAGGAGAGCUCUCUUUUUCUCCCUCUCGCUCUUUCCUCCCUUCCCUGCCUCCCAUCUGUUUUUCCUCCUCCCCUGCUAUUGAGCUUCAGAUGCCUUUUAGCAGAGUUCAGCCUCUCAGAGAGUCUUGAGAUUUGUUGACAUCCAGGCGGCAUCAGUGGUCUGGGCGCUUUGCAGCAGGCACCGCAAAAUCAAAGCCACAUCCCAGCAUCUGGCUGCCCAUCAGAGAGAGGCUCCAAACCUCACAGGUGCUGCAGUCCUCCAGAAAGAGAAAUGCCAGUCCAGCGGGCUGCCCCCCCCUUCCCACCCCCUGAAGUAGCUGCUAGAACCCCAGGACAUGCUGGUUCCGUGGGACAGAAGAUAUGGCUAGAAGGCUGUUUGCAUCAUUCGGAAGACCCCAGAUCCCUGGAAGAUCCCCAUCUUGGGAUUAGCUUGCAAGUUCCAAGAGGUAGAAAAUCCAAAAAGACCCCAUGGGCCCAAUGGUCAGAAAGUAGGUGGAAAAUAUGCUGCAGGGGGGAUUUGUGGUUCCAGUGCAGGUGAUGGAGGCUAAUGGGGGAAUUAUCUGCUCCAUCCCAAAGGCCACGUUGUGGUCAGUUUCAUGCCCUCACCGAAUUGUUUUUUUCAAUUCCUAGCCUUUUCUUUUUUAAGUUCCCUGGUCCCCAUAGGACACAGGGCAUUUGAGAGGGGAGGCCCCUGGAGUACACAAUCUCUUGCUCCUGGUGUUUGCCAAACCCGGGCAGACAGGCAAUUCAUCAGAUUCAUUACCUUUUUCUUCUCUUCUUUUUUCAUAGCUGUGUUUCAGAAUGGACCCGUUGGUGGCUCCUCUUCACCUCCUAAUAAGGUCCAUAGUAUCUUGUGAAAUGAGGGAAGUGCUACCCCUUAGUACUUUUGAUGAUAACAGAUACUUUUAGAAAGCUGUUUUUAGAUUUUUUUUUUCCUUUUCCAGCCACCUGAAUCGACUCUUCCAAUACAGGUUCAGAAUCCAGUAUUAGGAGGACAGUCUUUUUUAAUCCAAAAGAUGAGACCUGCCUUACAAAGCAGUCCCUCCUCAUUUCUGUUUCCUCUGCUCACUUGGGUGAGCAUCUCACAGCUCUCUAGGGUACCUGUGGGCACCAUCAGCAGCACUUCUGGGUGAUGGUGCCAGAGCCCCGGGUAUCUCCUGAAGCCACUUGUGACCGAGUCAGGCAGGUGGGGAUUAGAGGAACACAGGCAGGAGGAAGCCUCCCCCACUACACACACACACCCUUACUGACAAGGACGCCAGCCUGGGGGGAGGGAAGGACAGACAGACUAUGGGUCAAAGACACUGGAGUCAGGGAGCCCUUCAAAGCUCUUCAGCUGUGCCCUGCCUCUUAUCAGACCACAGAGAGACACGUGGAUGUGGCCAGCCUCCUCCGCUAUCACAUGCUCCCCUAACCCUACCUUCAGGAAGGUGGGAUGACAGUCAGGUCAGGCACCUGCUUUGUGGGGCAUGGAGGCUCAUGACGAAGGAAGGGUUCGGGUUUGGUCUCAGUCUGCUUGAAUGGUGGUGAAAUUCAGCUGGACCCCAGCAUGCUACAGAUAUCUUUCCAGAGCGUUCAACAGCAUGCAGUGACACAUUCUCCAGCCUCUAGGAUGACUGAUGUUGGAUCACAACUGGAGAUCUCAAGCCAAGUACCUUGUGUGUUGGGAAGACUGUUGAGUUUCAGGGCUGCAGAGAAAGGGUGGGUUUUUACUGAGGCCCUUUGUUUGACUAUGAAAUCAGAGCCAGGGCAUGAUGUUGCUUUUCCCUAAGAUGAGAACAUCUCAUUCUGUUCACUCUACUUAGAUAGAAGGACUCCGGCUCUUUGUUCAACAGUUGAAUUAUGGAGGGAAGUUCCCUUUUGCCCCAAGGAUUUCUGUACUUAAAGCAAUACCGUGUAAGAAUGUGGAAGUCUUGGGAUGACACCUUCAGCAGCUUGCAGAAGAGAAGUUGCUAUUUCCAAUAUGAUCCUUAUUUCCCACCCAGAUAUUGCCAAUAAGAAUUUUCUGUUGAUUCCCUUAAUGGCAAAAGUCCUCGAUUAUUCUUUUACUUAUCACCUGGCCAGUGCUGACACACUGCAGACCCCAGAGAUCUCAGAUUCAAUUCGGCAGACUUUGCUGCAGCAUCUGCUAGAGACUGCAAGGGAUUCAGAGGAGGAAGGGGGCACAGUCCCUCUGAGAGCUAUGCUAACUAACUCUGCAGAAUCUGUCCAGUGUGGGGUGACAGCAGUGUCACCUGGGACCAAAUUAAAAGCAUGUCUAUGAUCUGAAUAGCUGGCUUUUCCCUGCUGCUGUCAUGGGAAUCCUUGACUUAGACCAGGAAUGGGGAAGGAGAAUGCAGAAGACCACCCCAGAGGGAGAAUAUCCCCCCAGCUGUGUCUGGCCGGGCUGGCGGUCGCUCUCGCUUGUAUCUCCAGCUAGAAAUCCUCUAGCACCUUCUCUAACCUGCAUCUUGGGCUUACCGCUUUGCCUCCUCUCCAUCAGAGGAAAGCCCUGGCAAUUGUCUGGGUCAUCAAAGUGGCAGGAACAUUCUCUUUGCCCCAAGGCAACUUGGCCUUGUCUAAGGCAGUGUCACCAAUGCCAUGAAUCCUUCUUUCCUUCUUUCCUUCUUUCCUUUCUUCCUUUCUCCCUUUCUUUGUUUUAGGGGAAUAUCCCCACAGAAAAAGAGGAAUAACAGACUGAUGGAUUUUCUACUUUCAACAGUGUGUUUGGAACCCUCUGACCCAGGGUCUUUCUAUGCUGAUACCUUGCCCAGAUAAGGAUGUAGUUCUAGCUGAAACUUCAAUGGCUAUGACAGGAUUUACCUAAGCGACUAAGUGACCACUGUUCCCACCUUUCACUGCCUAGGCUCCACCUUGGAAUACAUUUUUGAAACAUUCAGUCCCUUCUGCAGAAGGGAGACCUGAGUGUCCAAGAGGUAGGAUGACUUGCCCUGGGAACAGACAGCAUGCCAGGCACAGAAUGAGGAGUGGAAUCCAGCCCAGCCAUACCCGUUUGACCCACUCCCACCCAGGAAGCUGAAGAUAAAAGAUUUGGGAAAAUACCCAAAGAACAAAGGGCAGAUUUUUUUUGCCCUAGUAUUCGGUGCUAGUAAGUUUUCACCCACUUAGCCUGCUCCUCUUCUGAGCAGAAGUCUGGAAGGAAGGCAGUGAUCUAAGGAAGCCAUGGGGGGAGGGGAGUGACAAUAAUCCCUGCCUGUCUAAAAACCACAGAAGACUAACCUGAUACUCUUUCAGCCCCAUCUGCAUCAACACUAAACAACUACACACUCCCCGUAUCUUUCACACACGCCAAGUGAACAUUCUUGAAGAUUUCUCUUUGUGACUGCAACCACCUGCAAACCAGAACGAAUCUAGAAUUUCUUUUUCUUUUUUUCUUUUUGUUUAAUUUCUAAUCUCUUGUUUAUGAGGUGUGGGGUUUAUAAGGGACUGAAUCAAAUGAAUGUAACAAAAAAGAAAAAAAUACAAAAAACAAAUGCCUUUUCUCAGGGCCAGUGAGUUGCAAAUAAUUUUUAAAGAAAAGCCUAUAAUUGCAUCAUCUCAAUAAAUUUUUUAUA